AGCGUUGAUUGCACUGUGUUUUUGAAGAACGGACUUUCUUUCCAGAACGUUUCAACUGUGCCAAAAAAAAAAGAGACUGGUGAUGGCCAAUCUAUGCAAAAGUUUUGUUCGUUCUUUUGCAACUAGUGCACAAAGGGCAAACGUAUUUAAUCAUGUCACUGUCAUUGGAGGAGGGCUGAUGGGUUCAGGUAUUGCUCAGGUUGCAGCAUCAACUGGGCAUACAGUUUCUAUGGUUGACCACGACAACACCAUCCUCGGCAAGUCUAUGAAUGGCAUCCACAAAAGUUUGGAAAGAGUCGCUAAAAAGAAGUUUGAGAACCCUGCAGCUGGAGAGGCAUUUGUGAAGGAUACUAUGGGCAGAAUUUCUACAGCAACCAGCCCCAUCACCUGUGUGUCGCACACUGAUCUCGUCAUAGAGGCAAUCGUCGAAAACCUGGAAACAAAAAAGAAGCUGUUCAGAGAGCUGGAAGCGGUUGCUCCAGAGCACACCAUCUUCACCAGUAACACUUCCUCCAUUCCCAUAACCGAUAUUGCUGUCGCUGCUAAGCGCAAGGACAGGUUUGGAGGAUUACACUUUUUCAAUCCAGUACCCAUGAUGAAGCUGUUGGAGGUUAUUAGGAUUCCAGCCACAAGUGAUGCUACGUUUGACAAAUUAUUGGCCUUCGGAAAAGAUAUGGAGAAGGUCACAGUCUCUUGUAAGGAUACUCCAGGAUUCAUUGUGAACAGAUUGUUGGUGCCUUACAUGCUGGAAGCAGUCAGAAUGGUGGAAAGAGGUGAUGCCUCUAUUCAAGAUGUGGACACUGCUAUGAAGCUCGGAGCUGGGUAUCCCAUGGGGCCUUUUGAACUGAGCGAUUACGUAGGACUGGACACUAUGAAGUUUAUUCUAGAUGGCUGGAGCAAGAACUACCCUGACAACCCACUCUUUAAACCAAGUUCUCUCUUGGAUAAAAUGGUGGCUCAAGGAAAACUGGGAAGGAAGAGCGGUGAGGGAUUCUAUCCCUACAAGAAGUAAAGCUGUGAUCAGAAAUGUCCAUUUUGGCAGUCUCGUGUCAUACUCAUCAAAGUGCUAAUCAUGGAACAGUGUUGUGGGGCAUUGUUUAUAGUCUCAAAGACUACUGAUGUUUGAUAGUAAACAAUUUUUGUUUUAUAAAAAAAGUUUCAUAAAGUUUGUCAAAUCAAUGUGA